AUGGGGGAUUAUUCUGGGGAGAAGGGCAGCUCUGUGACCUGGGAAUGGUUCAGAUGGCUUCCCAGGAGUGGGUGGCAUGGAUUGGGUGUAAAGAGGUCCCGGCGGCUCUCUGGCGGCCUCCCUCGAAAAUGCUCCGUCUUCCACCUCUUCGUGGCCUGUCUCUUACUGGGCUUCUUCUCCCUACUCUGGCUGCAGCUCAGCUGCUCUGGUGACGUGGCCCGGGAAGCCAGGGGACAAGGGCAGGAGACCUCCGGUCCUCCCCGAGCCUGCCCCCCAGAGCCGCCCCCUGAGCACUGGGAAGAAGAUGCAUCAUGGGGCCCCCACCGCCUGGCAGUGCUAGUGCCCUUCCGUGAACGCUUCGAGGAGCUCCUGGUCUUUGUGCCCCACAUGCACCGCUUCCUGAGCAGGAAGAAGGUCCAGCACCACAUCUACGUGCUCAACCAGGUGGACCACUUCAGGUUCAACCGAGCAGCGCUCAUCAACGUGGGCUUCCUGGAGAGCAGCAACAGCACGGACUACAUUGCUAUGCACGACGUUGACCUGCUCCCUCUCAACGAGGAGCUGGACUAUGGCUUCCCUGAGGCUGGGCCCUUCCACGUGGCCUCCCCGGAGCUCCACCCUCUCUACCACUACAAGACCUAUGUUGGCGGCAUCCUGCUGCUGUCCAAGCAGCACUACCAGCUGGUGAGGCCCGGACAGCCCCCUCUGCUCAGGCUGCAGAUGGUGGGCAGGACGGGGCAGUGCCUCUGGGGCCCAACAGAUGGAGCCCUGCCCCAGCCUGGCAGGGAAACCCGGGAGCAGCCACAGUGCGAGGAGCAGGCGAGCCAGUCAGCCACAGCAGCGGAACCCCUGGAAGCUGGCUUCAGAAACCUGGGGAGUUAGUGGCCCUCAGCAUUGAAGAGUGUGGGGGGCGGUUCAGGUGCAGCUUGCCCACGUCCUGGACAGUGUCACUGGGGCCCUGUUUCUCUGUCCAUCUCUCAGCUCUGCCUUCCCUGCACUGGGUUUAUUUGCAAGGUGGUAGUUGUCACUGCAGCCGGUAUCCUAGAUGGGUAUCCAGGGCCCAGUCUGGUGGGAGACGGGGGCCCUUUCCUUGUAGCUCAGGCAGGAGUCCGGCUCUGAGCCGCACUGGCUCAUGAUUGGCAGGCUUGAGUACUGAACCC